UGACAGUAUUGAAUUUCCGCAGCAGUUAGGCAUGAAUAUAUUAAAAUAUUUCGGAUUCGCGCUGGUUUUUCUGUUCCAAUAUGCUCUCCCGUUACGAUGUUUAAACGGGUUGGACAUUACAAGGUCGAACUCCCCAAUCUUUACCGUCGGCAAAAACUCUGCUUCUACGGAAUGUGCCCAGUUAGGCAAUAACGCAACCUGCGUUAGAAUUUCCGCCACCGCAAUUCUUGACACCUACACAGUCGAUGGUAUUGGGUACAGUUGCGCCCCUCAAUCUGCUUGCUCAGCCCUGAAGGCAGAUUGUGCUGGAAGUUUGAGAAACUUGUUAAAAAUUGACCAGCUUAAUUCGGCCACAGUUACAAACUGUAACAUCGGGUGUUGUGAAACUGAGAAUUGCAACGACCGGCCAAUUGGGGGAUCGAGUACCACUAAAGCUUCGUUGCUUUUCGUCGUUGUCUCUGCCCUAGUAGGAGCAAUCACAAGAUUCUAAUUUAUAAUAAAGUAUCGUGUAAUUCUAUAUAUUUUGAUGCUGUAUACCAUCAUUUCAACUGUAUAGUAAGGUGGGGGAAGAUAGGACACAUUUUCAUUCUAUUUUCUCGUCUAUUUAGUAGUAAACGAAGAAAAUUCAAAGAAUUAUAAAACUGUGUUCCCACGACUCCCAUAGACUGUUGUUAGUUAUUUAAAACACAAUCAGAAUAUUUGGAUAUUACAUCCUAAAGGUGUCCCAUCUUCCCCCACCCACCCUACUUUAUAAAGCUCGCUCUCAAGCUAUUGUCUAAUAUUAAGUUACUAAAGUGUCGUUGUAAUAGUUCAUUAUUAAUCCAAUCAAAAAUAUUUGUGUACUAGCCUUUUCAAAAAACGCGUUUUUAAUUCGUGCAUUCACGCAAAUACUAUAUACAAUGCCAAUAAUAUGUAGGCCUACACGAAUAAAUUAGCAAUCACAAACAAUGCGUUUUAGAACUGCUUCCGAUACUUUAACAAAGUCUUCUGUUCUAAGAAGAAUUUUUGCUCGGUGUCUGUGGGAACUGUAGGAAAGUUGUUGAAUGAAUCUAUUACCUUUUUUGCAUGGUAACCAUAGUGCACGUAAGUAGCCUACUCGCAAGAACAAAGUUACAACGCAUAACGUCAUCAGCGUGUUAUCUGCUGUAGGAGGUUGGUUGUUACUCGCAUUAUACGAGUGAAGAAAAGUAUAGUGAAAGUA